UAGCCCCUGCUGCUGACAUGGCAUUAAAUAAUAAAUAAAUAAAUCACAACAUGUUAUAUGUAAGAUAAUAUGUGUAUUAUAAUGAACUUAUAAUCUGCUAUAAUAUGGCGGUCGUUCUGGACCAGGAACACAACUAGCUAUCAUGAAAUGAACACAACAGGAGGGUAAAUGCUACAGGCUACAAUGGCAGUUAGUGUAACGUGUUAUGUAGUGUUUCAGGCAACGACAUGGCUUCAGCUAAGUCUCACAAAGGCAUGAGUAAUGCUGAAUGGCUUGCGCGUCUGGAGAGUUUUGCCCAAACAGGAGUUUGGCCAUCUACACAGGGGAAUAGACCUUCUCCCCGACAAAAAAAGAUGGCAUGAGAUGUAUCAGAAGAUAGAAAAGUGCCCUCUGCAAAUGAGGGGACAGACCACUCUUCUGAAGGAAGCUCAGACAUGUAUUUGUGGCUUUCACAAGGUUCAUCCACCAGUCACAGGGGAAGCAUCACAGAGCACCCCGGCCCAAAGCACACCCUCUGUCAGCGAUGUGUCAUGUCCUGCAAAGAGACCUAAACUGACAUUGUCAAUGUUUGAAAAGUCAAGGUUUGGAGGCUCACAUGUGGCAGCAGCAAAACCUAAUUUGAGCACCCAGAGGAAAACCUCUCAGAUGUUAGAGCACUCCAGUUCAGCUACAGUUUCAUGUCCACCCUCUGAUCCUCAUCCUCCUCCAUCCCCCAAACCUCAUCAGCCCGUCAUCCAGUCCUCCUCUUCCUUCUUCCUUCCUCCACCUCAGAGUUCACAACGCAUCAAAAAAACAGCAACGCCAUCAACUGUUUCUGAGAAUACUGUUGUGAGGAGCCCACAGGUCUCAUCUCAGCCAGAAGAUCUCCCCCUUCUGUGGCCACAGACAAUGCCACAGCAAGACCAGAAGUGGGUGUCAGAAGCACUUUUUAGGGUUGGUGCAAAGGGAAAGCUGGAGCUGCGUGAAAACCUACAGUUGUGGUAUCACCCCCCACCACCAGCCCUGUUGUACCACCAAGCUCCAACACCUGAUAGGUUUUUUUCACAGCGUCUCUUGCUCUGGAUGCCAUAUAAGCUGUGGAAGGUGCGGCUCCAGUGUACUAACCCUGCCUGUGCCAGGCAACAGCUGUGUGGUGGUGGACUGCACAGGAGGGUACGACAGGUGUUAGACAUUGACAGAUACUACAACCUGGUGACAGAGACCCUGAUCUGCACCAGGUGUAGAACCAGCUAUCUGUCCUGGAGUCAAGCUGUGCUGCAGCAGUUGGACCUGGCCCAUCGAUCUGAAUUCAGGGUCAUCCUCACACGCAAGUAUGCCUGUGACAUUCGGGUUCUUCGCUUGCUGCGUGAGAGGGGCAUGGGGAAUGGCCCAGUGAGGAUCAUCGGCCAGCUGAGAGAGAACCACAGUGAGGAGUGGUUGAAACGUGCGCUUCGGUACACAUCAGAGUGUGUGGCCUUUUUUGAUAAUCGUGGCCUGCAUCCGCUGCACUUCCAGGAGCCACCACCACUUGCUUCAGUACCCAGCUACAAAUGGCUCCUCACUGUAUAUAGUCAGGACAUUCUCAACAGGCUCGAUCACAUAAAGGCCAGCAUAACAUCCACGUAUGGAUCAAUCUUAAAAAUGGAUUCAACUAAGAAGAUCACCAAGAAGUUGAGUGGGCCUGCGAAAGGCACAGCACAGUGGCUUACCUCAGUGGGCAAUGAGAUAGGUCAGGUGCUGAUGAGUGUCCUGACUGCGAAUGAAGGGGCUGGGUUAGACCUCAUGGCUGCAGGGCUCAUGGAGCGAUACCGGAGUGCUGGUGUUGAUCCUCCCACUAUCAUUUAUGUGGACUGUGAUUGUUGCAAGAAAGUGGGAGAGACUAAAUUGAAGAGGCGGUUCAGCGGCUGGCCAGAUGUCAUCGUCCGCCUAGACAUUUGGCAUUUUAUGCGACGUCUGGCAGUAGGGUGCACCACUGACGCCCACCAGUUGUACCCUACUUUUAUGGCAAGGCUGUCAUCCUGUAUUUUUGAGUGGGAUGCAGGGGAUCUCACUCUGCUGAGACAGGCCAAAAGGGAGCAACUCAUCCAACAGGGCUGGCCUACUCUGUCGGAGGCAGAACUGGACCAUCAUUUAACUAAAGCUGAGCUGCUCCAGCACUGCAGGAGGAGAACACGGGGAGAAGAAACCACUUUCCGCCUCCUUGAUAUGCUCAUCAGAGAGCUCAUGGGUGGCAAGGGGAAUGAUGCUCUUGGUGUUCCUCUACUUGACAGUGUGAGAAUGCAGCACAUCUGGAAUGUCCAGAGGCGGCACAUCACCUGUAUCCAAGACCCUCCAAAUGUGCCGCUCUAUACUGAAACUGGAACUACAAGCAAGGGUGGGGUGGUUCUAAAAACUUAUCGUUGUGCCAGAGGCUCCACAUCCCUGGAAUCAUUUCACUGCCACCUAAACAGAUUUAUUCCAGGGAACAGCGCAAACAGCCUGAACUUCCAGAUUUAUCUCCUGGAAGGUUUAUUACGCUGGAAUCAGGACCGGGCUGAAGCUGCUGUUGCAGAUGGAGGUUCAACUCUGCGCUCUUACACAGGGGAGCUGGUUUACUCUGUCAAUGAGAACUACAAUAAGUUGUAUGGCAGGAAAUUGGUCCCUAGCUUCACUCCACCUGCAGUAUACACAGGGGAGCUCAUUGGAGUACAGUACUUGUUGAGGCAGAAUAGUCAGCCCCUGGAGGACAUGUGCCCUACCUCUGAUAGGACCUCUCAAUUGCUGGAGGAGAUAGAUGUGGAGGAGCAAGUGGAAAAGGAUGAGGGUUUCAUUGAUUUCUUUGGAGAGGAAGCCACAGUGGCAAAUCUUGUGGCAUCAGAUGACUUAGUCCUUUCAGGUCCACCAGUUCUACCAGCUGCACCAGUUCCCAGUGUCCAGGCUCCUACAGCUGCACCACUGCCCAGUGUCAAAAUUCCACCACUGCCCAUUGUCCAGACUCCACCACUGCCCAGUGUCCAGACUCCACCAUUGCCCAGUGUCCAGACUCCACCACUGCCCAGUGUCCAGACUCCACCAUUGCCCAGUGUCCAGACUCCACCAUUGCCCACUGCACCAGUGCCCAGUGUAGCUGCAUCACUGCUCAGUGUCCAGGCUCCACCACUGCUCAGAGUCCGGGCUCCUUCAGCUGCACCAGUACCCAGUGUCCAGGAUCCUUUAGAUACACCAGUGCCCUCAGCAAUGGCUGUUGACGAACACUGCAUUCCUGGAAUGGACCGGGUGGAUGCGUUGGCAGAGUGUCUGGUGGAGCUGCGCACACAGACAAGCCUCACACUUACCAACCAACAAGUUGCGACCAUUGUGGGUCUGUGGCAGAACCUGGACAAAUUUGAUAAAGACAGGGUGGUGUAUGCUGCUCGUCAUCAAGACAGGCUACUUACAGGACGUUUUAGGUCCCCAAAAAAGAAAGCUGUCUUCACUCCUGGUGUCGACAGCACAAAAAGGUGUGUUUUGGGUUCUAGCGGCUCUCCAGCACAGUGGCCUAAUUGCUGUCGCCUUGUUGAAAUGAUUUUCAUAAGGUUAUGUAACAUCCACCGAAGCCCCAAGAAACAGCGGACAGAAUGUCUGUCUAGAUGGGAUCUCAUUCUUCGUGAUUACAGAAAAAUUCGGCAGCUAAUCCUGAGCAAUGGAACGGUGAUGAGUGACACAACCCUUCAGCUAGUUGAGGUAAAUCAGAGGACCCUUACGACAUGGCACAAUAACCGUUUAAAGGGUCAGGAGGUCUCCUUGCUGUUGCAAGGGCUGGACCUUCCAGAGGCACGUCCAGUGGCUUUGGAUGUUUUGCCUCCAGCACGAGUACAGCCUGUUGUGCCUCCACAAUAUAGCCACCAGUUGCAUACCUACCAGAUGCCACCAGACACAGCUGGACAGGCAAAGACAAAGUUUAGAAAGAUUGCGCCCUCAGCUACCUGUACAUCUGCCACAGCAACUUCAAUCUGGCCAUCAGCCGUACACCCUCAGCGUUCAGCCACGUCCAGCCAGCUAUGGACAAUUUGUCCCAGGCCGACAGCACCACACCCAUUGGUUCCUGACACACCCACUGCCCCUGUUGUGUCUCAGAUGUUUCUGGUGCCCUGCCCAGCCCCAUUUUCCACCAUUAACCCUGGAGCAAUUUCCUCUGAGCCACCUGCAAAUGACACAGCCACUCCAACCAAACGAUCGUACAAUCGCACUGUAAAAGCAAAUUCGUGCAGAAAGUGUGGCCAAUUUCGUACUCAAGAAACUGGCCAUAGCCAGUACAAAGGCAAAAUAUAUUGCCCUAAUAAAGAAACAAUUACGAAGGAGCAGUGGUUACAGAUUAUGAGAAGAUAACUCAUUUAUUUAUGUGUGAUACAUUCAUUUUGUUCUCUUGGUUGGAUCUGUUCUGUUUUUUAUCUUCCAGCCAUAUUUAAUGUUAAAGAGUUAUACUGUGCACUUUUUUUUAUCUUGUAUUAUUAUUAUUAUUAUUAUUAUUAUUAUUAUAAACAUGUGGGUAUGUAUGUGAAUACACUAUAAUACAUAUGGAAAUAUAUAUACAUAUUAAAUAAAGUUAAACUAUUAUUAUUAUUAUUAUAGAAAGGUUUAUGUGUAGAGGAAGCAGUAUAAAGUAAAAUACCAAAAUGUGUAGAUUUUGAUGUAUAUAUUUAUAUAUUUUUUUGUACUUAUUUUAUAUAGCGUGUGCACUUAAAAUUCUUAAUUUUAUAUUGAAUUUAGUAC